UCCACAAAAGAAGAAUAAUAGUUGAUGAUGGCGAGAUGAUGAGAACUCCGUAUGGCGCACGGAUAACUUGGAAACUACCAGGAGGGAAUGAUUUAGUCGCUCAUCUAAAAGAUAAGGACAAAAUACGGCACAAAAAACGCUGGAGUCAGGUGAUGUACAUGAAUUAUAUAUUAAAAUGGAAAUUAAAAAAAGAGUUUGGAAAAUCUGGCUAUGAAGAUGCAUUAGAAAAUACGUUUAUCUUGGCCCUUGAUGGAGACGUUGAAUUUGAACCGGAAGCAGUUCUAAGUUUAAUGAGACGAAUGAAAAAGUCAAAAAUUGUUGGUGCUGCGUGUGGGAGGAUUCAUCCAAUCGGUUCAGGUCCAAUGGUGUGGUAUCAGCAAUUUGAGUAUGCAAUAAGUCAUUGGUUACAAAAAGCUACAGAACACGUGAUUGGUUGUGUAUUGUGCAGUCCCGGUUGUUUUAGCUUAUUUCGUGGUUCUGCAAUAAUAAACUCCGGCAUUCUGAAAACGUACACAAGCUUACCAUCUGAAGCUAAACAUCAUGUUCAGUAUGAUCAAGGCGAGGAUAGAUGGUUAUGCACUCUGCUUUUAAAGAAAGGAUGGAAAAUUGAGUAUUGCGCAGAAUCAGAUUCGUACACAUUUGCACCUGAAGGGUUUUACGAAUUUUUCAAUCAGCGUCGUAGAUGGACUCCUUCCACAAUGGCUAAUAUUCUAGAUCUAAUCUUAGAUUAUAAGAAUGUUACAAAAACCAACCAAAAUAUUUCAUUCUUGUACAUAGUGUACCAUAUCUUCCUGUUUGUAUCUACUUUACUUACACCAGGCUCAAUAUUCAUGCUGAUAUUAGGCGCUAUCAUUUUGGGAUUUGAAGCAAUUCCACCAUGGCUGGCACUCAUUCUAAACCUCAUUCCUGUUGGCAUAUUUAUAUUAUUGUGUUUAUAUGCCUCAUCACAAAAACAGCUUCAAUAUGCCGCCGUUCUGUCUGGAGUAUAUGUGAUAGUGAUGGUUAUUGUCAUGAUUGGUGUUAUACGAGAUGCUUUAAAUGAGGGACUUUGCUCGGUUACCACCAUCUUACUGUUGUUUGUAGCCGGAGUCUUUGUUAUAUCAGCAUUCGUACAUCCAAAGGAGUUUUUAUGUAUAAUGCCAGGACUUCUGUACUUCGUCGCCAUACCAUCGAUGUCUAUGCUAAUGUUCUUGUAUUCUAUUGGCAAUUUACAUGUUGUUUCUUGGGGAACAAGGGAAACUAAGCAAAAAACCGAGUCCGAUUCCCCAAAGAAGAUUCAUACACCAGAAAAGGAAGAAACCGGUUAUUUUUGUUCACUUGGUAAUUUUGUUAGUUGUAUAUUUUGUCCAACAAACAAAUAUACCAAAGAGGACUUUAUUUAUACCAAUAUGCUGAAUGAAGUAAAUGUUUUGGUGAACAAGAACGAGAAUCAAGAAGAGGAGGGGAAAAGUGAAAUAGACAAAGAGCAUAUGGAAGAAGUAGCUGACGGCUCAAAUAAGUGUACCGAAAAACGUGAUGAAAUUAAACAUUUAGAAGAAAAAAAGGAGGAUAAAGAAAAAGAUGACAAUCAAUGUCAUUAUUAUGCCGAUGAAACGUAUCCAAUGAUCGGUAAAAAAGAACUAAAAUUUUGGAACUCAACAAUAGAGAGAUAUUUAAUGCCAUUGGAAACAAAAAAAGAAGAAGAGAUCAAAGUUCAAGAAGAACUAAUAGAAUUGCGUAACAAAGUGUCACUGUUUGUUUACUUGUUAAAUGCAAUCUUGGUCACAGUUAUGUUUGGAUUAACCCAAGUUAACACUUUCAAAGAUUCUUUGUCUAUAUCAAUAUUAUGUGAUAAUAAUCCAGUAGCGAUAGUGCCAAUAGCUUUACUUUUUGCUGUUGUUUUUGGAUUACUUCUUUUGAUUCAAUUUCUCGGUAUGCUGUACCAUAGAUUUUCUACUUUAAUACAUAUAGCCGCAAGCACUGACAUCAGAGAAAGUUACGACAUUAAAGAGGCCAAAAAGGAGAAGAAGGUUUUUGAACUUUUGACGUCUCCAGAAGCUUCAUCACCACCAAAACACGAACCCUCUUGUGAUAAAGCAAAAAUUAUUCCAAAUGGUAAUAGACAAGUUCUAAAAGAAAAUAUCGAACCAGUAAAAGACCUUGAUGCUGUUGUUGGGGAAAAUCUUAAAGGUGCUUUAUUUCAGAAGUACCAAAAAAAACUAGUUGAACAAGUCUUGGGUAUAUGGAAAAAAAAUGCGAAGAAUGUUAAUGAUGAUAAACCUGGUAUGUUACAGCUCGUUCAAGCAGCUACAAAACAGAAAUUAAUUGGUCAUAAGAGUAAUAAGCACAGAGAAGAGGAUGCGAUGACAGAAAUACCCGCUAACAAACGCCCAAAUGGAAACAAGGUGAAGCCAAUAGACAGUCCAGAACACAAGAAUAAAAUUUCGUCAUCAUCAAUUUCAAGUCAAAAGGAGGAUAACGUUAGAAAGGAAAAUGGCUACGAUUCUCUAAGUGAAAGUUACAAUGGUCCUGAUACUAAUGACUCGAAUGUUUAACAAUACUGAGUUAUGCUUAGAUUUUUAUUUAACUAAGGCCAAUAUGCCACAUUUAUUAUAUCGUUUAUACUUUUGAUAAUCAUAUUUUUGAUAGACUGGUAGCUGGAUAGCGAAUUAAUGCAUGUUUUUGUCACUCUACUGGUUCUUUUGGGUUUAUAACUUAGAACUUGACUUGGAGUUCUCUAUCUUUGUAAUAUUUUAGUAUAACCAGUUGUCAACACACGUAUUGUA